AUGGGGAAUAUAAUCCAUUUACUCAUAUAUUUGUGCACACUUUAUCUUUCCUUUAUUUUUAGCACUAAUGUGAAUCUGCACAGGCGGCAAUGGAUACCAGCACAUAACAGGACCAUUGGCACUGUUGCUAAUAAUAAUAGAAGGGUCAGAGCUGUCAACAGACCAAUGCCUAUCGACUGCAAACUGGGGAGCUGGUCAACAUGGACACCAUGUAACCCUUGCACUGACCAAAAGUCCCGUUUCCGCUAUCUGGAGAAACCAUCACAAUUUGGUGGGACACUGUGCUUUCAGCCGCUGUGGGAGACACUUGCGUGUCCAAGAAUAACUGCACAGUGUUUGGUGCCAGAUUACUGUGGUGAGAGCUUCACCUGCAAAGAAACAGGCCGCUGUAUCAGCCAUUCUCUUCGCUGUAAUGGAGAGGCAGACUGUGAUGAUUUUUCAGAUGAAGAUGGUUGUGAAGACAUCAACCAGAGAAAUGACAAGUGCUCAACUCUUCUUACUAUUCCUGGUGCUGAGCGUGGCACUCAGGGCUACAAUGUCUUGACUGGAGAAUUUGUGAAUCACGUACUUGACUCAAAGUACUUUGGAGGAAAGUGUGAGUAUGUGUACAACGGAGAAUGGAGAAAGUUCACCUAUGACUCAUUCUGUGAAAACCUGCACUACAACGAAGUUGAGAAAAACUACAGGAAACCUUACAACUACCAUGCCUACAGCUUUGUGGCAGAGGCUACAUCGGAGGGAACUCAGGAAUAUUACGGUGAUGUGGUGAGCCUGUUAAAUGCAAGAAAAUCUACGCGAUCCUCCAACGCAGGCGUCUCAGUUGGUGUCUAUUAUGUACAAGUAGGGCUGAGUGGAAGUGAAGAGUCUGAGUUUCUAAGGAAUGUGUCACAGCAUAAAAAACAGGACCUUGGGUUUAUCAGGCUUUGGUCCACAGUGGGAACAGCUUAUUUCAAGAUGAGAAGUAACAGGCUGAUGCUUUAUGAGGACUUCCAACUGUCUUUGAUGGAACUUCCCGAGCAAUAUGAUUUUGGCAUAUAUUCCCGUUUCUUCGACUCGUUUGGGACCCACUAUGUCACUGAGGGAAAAAUGGGAGGAACUCUUGAAUAUGUGGUGGUGGUCAACAAAACAUCUAUGACUCAGUCAAAACUUGAAUGGAAACAAGCUGGUUCAUGCAUAGGUGCCUCUCUUGGUUUGAGUGCACCAGUUGCCAGCUACGGCCAAGCAGAUUUGACUGUGGGGGGCCAUAUAUGUAAAAAAGACGGACCCUUAUCACAUGUCACAGACAGUGGCGCCGCUGUGAUUAAGGACAUUAUCACACUGGUGAAGGGGGGUCACGCAGACACCAGCAGUGGCUUGUUGGCCAUCAGGAGUCCUGACACUUAUCGCAAGUGGGGGGCGAGCAUUAAAUCUAACCCGACUGUCGUUGAAUAUGAGAUCAUGCCAAUCCAUGAACUUGUGCGUCUCAGCACAGCUUCUGAUCAAGUCGGCGCCAGACUGGCUAACCUACGGAGGGGACUGGACGAGUAUCAGCAGCAGUUCAGCUCUUGCCGCUGCGCAGCAUGCAGGCACAACGGGAUCCCUGUGCUCACUGGGACAUCAUGCAGCUGCAUCUGUAAGCCAGGAUACCAAGGAAACGCCUGUGAGGACACUCUUCGAGCUGGAACUGGAACUGAUGGAUCGUGGUCCUGCUGGGGAGUUUGGUCUGCUUGUACAUCAGCGAGGAAACAGCGUACCAGAGCCUGUAAUAAUCCACCACCUUCUGGAGGUGGAGCUACAUGCCUGGGCUCCUCCUCUCAGACUCAGCGCUGUUGA